AAGAGAUUACAAUUUACAUGUUUUUAUUGUUUAUUUAUAUUUCAUAUAAUAUAAUUUAAGAUUUUACAAUAUACCAAAUACUAAAAUGAAUGGGCACGUUACAAUUAGAUUAGCCUCUGAAAGGGUUAAUCACUGUGUUGCAUCAAGUAAUGAUUUACCACGAUUUUAUACACCGGGAGAGGUUAUCAGUGGCAUGCAAGAUUUUAUGCGCGGUCAUGGGACAUAUGUAGAAGAUGACUGUAUUAAAUCAUCAGUUGCUGGUGUAAUGCAAAAAGUGAAUAAGUUGAUUUGUGUGCGGCCACUAAAAAGUAGAUAUGUUGGUGAAAUUGGUGAUGUUGUGGUCGGCAGAGUUUUAGAAGUACAACAAAAGAGGUGGAAAAUAGAAACCAACUCUCGUUUGGAUUCAAUUUUGCAAUUGUCUUCAGUUAAUUUACCUGGAGGUGAAUUGAGACGCAGAUCAGCAGAAGAUGAACAAAUGAUGCGGAAGCACUUACAAGAAGGUGAUUUAAUAAGUGCAGAAGUGCAGAGUGUUUUUUCUGAUGGUUCUUUGUCAUUACACACAAGGAGUUUGAAGUAUGGCAAGCUCUCCCAAGGAGUGUUAAUGAAAGUUUUUCCAUCGUUGAUCAAACGGCGUAAAAAUCACUUUCAUAACUUACCUUGUGGUAUUGCAAUUAUAAUUGGUAAUAAUGGAUUUAUAUGGAUGAGCCCAAUGCAACAGAAUGUUAUUAUUGGAGAAAAUAAAGAUGAAAUUCAAAAUUAUGAACAUCAGCCCAUAAAUAGGUCAGAUAGAGAAAUAAUGGCGAGAUUAAAAAACUGUGUGGCGGCAUUGGUAGCUGCAAAAAUGAUGCUGGAUGACUCAAGUAUAAUGUUCGCUUAUGAAGAAAGUCUGAGGUAUGACGAUGUUAAGGAGCUCCUGGACCCUGAAGUUAUGCUUGACAUUGCAUUUUUAACGCAGCACAGAUUGAAUAGUAUAAUGGAAGAAUAGUUUAGUAAAAUUUUAGCCAUUUAUUAUAUUAAGGUAAAAAUAAAUAUUCUUUUUUAUUCACAUUA